CAAAGUAAAUUAGUCAAACUACCUUAGUUAUGUUUACUUGAUGAAGGUGUAGUGCUUAACAAAGGUUUAGGCACUCAGACAUAAAUGCUUAUGUCUGCAUUGGACCAAUGAGAUUGAUCAAAUAUUUUGGUAAAUGCCCCACUACCUCCGGAUGUUAAGGCAACUGGGUAGUUGAAGUACUUAAGCUACAAAUCAGUGUGGUUCUAGGUUUCUUGCCUUGCUUGAGUUGUUGUACCGGACUGACAACAGGCAGUCAUCUGGUAACAUUUUUCACUCAACUAUUUUAGCAGACAAAAAGGGCUGAUUUUGGUUAGCACACUCCUGUUUCCUCUUUUUUUUCCUUUUGACUGAUUUGGUUAUUUGCCAUUUCUGGGGAUUAAACUUUAAAAAAUGUUCUUCUUUUCUGUAUCUGAUGUUCUGUGUGCUAUUAGUGAUGCAGCCAACACGAACGGUUGUCAUGUGUAACACAACUUUCGAUCACCGUGAAAACAACGUCCUGCGAAAGCGUCCAUGCUUGAUAUCGUUUGGUUCAUGAACAUUAAGUUUCCAGUACAGGUAAAAUUCCAGAUGAAGCCAAAGCCCUCUCCCUCUUGGCUCCUGCUCCUACAAUGACAAGCCUGAUUCCUGGUGGAGGGUUGCUUCCUAUACCAACACCACCCGUGAGUUCAAUUGGUAUUUCUCUUGGUCCACUGGGUGCGAUACCAGCAGCAGCGUUGGAUCAUAAUAUUACAGCCAUUGGAGACAUACCGCAGCCGCCCAUUAUGGGCAAUGUGGAUCCUUCCAAGAUUGAUGAAAUUAGGAGGACUGUAUAUGUUGGAAACUUGAAUUCUCAGACAACUACAGCAGAUCAGCUUCUUGAGUUUUUUAAGCAAGUUGGAGAAGUCAAGUUUGUGCGGAUGGCAGGCGAUGAGACUCAACCAACACGUUUUGCUUUUGUCGAGUUUGCUGACCAAAAUUCUGUUCCUAGAGCCCUUGCUUUUAAUGGAGUUGUGUUUGGAGAUAGGCCGCUGAAGCUCCAUACUGGUUCCUGUCCUGAAAUAAAGACCACGGGCAACUCCAGCUCUAGAGAUCAGAGAAUAAAUCACUCCAAUAAUGCUAUAGUGAAGCCUCCUGAAAUGACACCACAAGCUGCUGCUAAGGAGUUAGAAGAAGUGAUGAAGAGAGUACGGGAAGCCCAGUCUUUUAUAUCUGCUGCUAUUGAGCCAGAGUCUGGAAAGAGCAGUGAAAGGAAAGGUGGUCGGUCGCGCUCCCAUUCACGUUCAGUAUCCAGAUCUAGUUCAAAAUCUCGAAGGAAAAGAUCACACUCAAAACGCAGGAGUAGAUCUCGCGACAGAUCCCGCUCCAGCCAGAAAGACAGAUGUGAUAGAUCCCUCUCCAGCCAGAAGGACAGACGGGACAGAUCCCGCUCCAGCCAGAAGGACAGACGGGACAGAUCCCGCUCCAGCCAGAAGGACAGACGGGACAGAUCCCGCUCCAGUCAGAAGGACAGACGGGACAGAUCCCGCUCCAGCCAGAAGGACAGGCGCAGAUCCAAAACUCCACCCAAAAAGCGCUCAAAAUCUAAAGAAAGGCUGAGAUCAAGAAGCCGGUCGCCUUCUCGGGAGAAGAGGAAGGAAAGCAAAGAGAGGAUCAGAGAGAAGGAAAAGAUUAGUAGAGAAAGAGACAGAGAUAAGGAAAAAGAGAAGGAUCCAGACAAGGAUAAAGACAGGGGCAGGGAGAAGGAAAGGGGCAGGGAGAGGGAGAGGGACAAAGAGAAGACCAAGGAUAGAACAAAAGAUCGUGCAAAAGAUAAGGACAAGGAUCAAGAGAAGGACAAAGACCAAGAAAAAGAAAAAGAAAGAGACAAGGAGAAAGUGUCAGACAUAGAAAAAGACAAGGCAGAGGAUCUGGACAAAGUCAGAGGGAGGGAAAAAGAGACAGAGACUGAGAAGGAGGGAGACAAGGAGAAGGAUAGCGAAGAACAGCUAAAAGGAAAAGAGGAGGACAAGGAGAAAGACCAAGAGAAAGAAAAAGCAGAGGAGAAAAGCAGUGAAAAAGAAAAAGAGAAGGAAGCAGAGAAGCCAAAAGAUAAGGACAAGGAAGGAGAGAAGGCAAAAGAUCGAGAUAAGGAGCGGGAACGAGAGAGAGAAAAGGAGAGAGAUGAAAAAAGGAAGAAAGAAAAGAGAUCCAGGACACCCCCCAGAAGCUACAGCUCCUCAAGAAGAUCACGAAGUUCCAGCAGAGAUAGACGGAAGAGGAAGAGCCGAAGUCCCUCAAAGUCUCCAAGAUCAUCUAAAAUUACAAAAAGGAAAUCCUCUCGGUCACCAUCUCCAAGGAGAAAUAAGAAAGACAAAAAGACCGAUAAGGAGAGAGACCUGAGUAAUGAUAGAAAAGAGAGGGAGCGGUCUACCUCCAAGAAAAAGAGUAGCAAAGACAAGGAUGUUAAAGAGAAAUCUGAUAAAACCACAACUUUGAAGGAUAAAGAUCUGAGUAAAGAGAACCAGAAUUCUGAAAUUGACAAAGUAGAAAAGGAAGACACACCUGUUGCAGAAGAAGUCAAACUACAACAGAAUGGGAACUGCCAACCAAAUGAAGAAAACCUCUCAGUUAAAACAGAAGAUGUGUAGAGGACUGAAUGGACCUCUGACCCAACUGUGGAAAGAGACAAAGCUUUUCCUCCCCUCCCCCACAACCCACCAAAAGAGGAUAAAAAUUACCAAGCAAUCAACCGGACAUGUUGUAUUGUGCUAGCAGCGCUCCGGGUUCUUCGGGUGGUUUGGUCAACUUGAAGAUGAGCAAGAAGCAGCACUGACCAGUAGGAUCUGCUACAACAAGAGCCAACAGCAUUGGAUCUGAUCAUCUGUAGGAAUCCAUGCAUUUCAGUGAUGAUAAGACUGGUUGACAGCUGUUACAAAUAAGUGGAAAGCUGUAAUCUGUACUACCCACAAAAGUUGCUGGGGAUGCUUUCAAAGUUGUUAAAAUAUUGGUAGUUUGAAUUUUUUUUGUUUUGCUUUGUGGGUUUUUAAACUUAACUCAAUGUGAUAUGUUUUGAUAAUGUGCUUGAAAAUGGUGCAGAGAUACACAUGCUUCCCUUGUUGUUGUACAUGACAGUGAUGACAAGUUUUAUCCUAACACAGUUUUACAGUUAUUGUGUUUAUGCCCACAAAGGCAAGUGAAGAUUCUUUAAUUUGUUGCUUGUGACUUUCUUUUUAUAUUUUAAAGUAAUUUCCUUAUAAGACUAAAAGCUUUCUCUUACUAGUAGUUGAUCAAUGCAUGCUAAUGUUCAGAUUCUAGAAAGAACGGCCAUGUUUAUACUAGAUUUCCAUUCUUCCGACUAUAAGCACAUCUCUGUAGUAAUCUCCAAACAACUGGCUUCAUUUUGAGCUAUAUUGUAGUGUGUCCAGUCACCUGCAAAUAGGACAGAUACCCAUGACCAGAUUGUUUUGUUUUUGAGUUGGGAUGUGGGAGCACAAGCUAAUGCUUUAGUGCCUUCUUUGAAACACAGAAUAGUGAUUCCUAGGAAUUACAUGUUAUUUAAUCCCCUCUUUGUCUAAUCCUUUAUCUUCUAGAUGGUUCUAUCACAAUAGUAGGUAAGCAUCUGAGAGGUCAGCCUUGUGAGUAUUUGGUGGUUAUUUCAUAACAGAUUGAAGAUAUGUUUAAAUGGAAAAAGGUCAAAGCUGAAAUCAAGAUUCAAGGAUCAUCAUAUAGUGGACAUGGCCUUGUCUGCAGUCCAGUUAUCCUAUAAAUUAACUAUAGUGUAUGCCAAAUUGAUUAAUUGAACAAUUCUAAGUAAACGUAUAUCAUAACCGGGUUGUGGACUGGGCAUCGAAAUCAAAAGUGCCCUUUUAAAAUAGUUAUCUUCUGGACAUUUUAAAGAGUUUCUUAAUUUCUAACACCAGUUGUGAAGCAUGACAGGGACAGCUUGCAAGUUCUCCCUGAAGAAGACAUAAUCACACAGAUUCCUGUUUUCUUGUUGGAAAAUAGCCUGUAAGAGGACAGCACCUGACAAAUGCAACUCCUCUCUGAAUUCAUUUCAGCAUUGUAAGACUGACAACAAAAGGCUGUACCCUAAGAUAAGAUUACACUAAAAUCAAGAACUGUUGAAUAUAAUAUAACAUAACACAAUCAAAUUGCCUUACCUCACGGGAAAGAGAUGGAAAAGCCAAGUAAAAACUAGCUUUCAUUUUGUGUUCUCUAAAUUGCACUUAAUGCAAAUGUAAACCUUUUGUGGUAAAUGGAAAAAUUAAAACAUGCUGUAAGGAAACAAAGCCCAUUGAUUGUGACUCUGCUUUAAUAGCCCAUUGUUUUUUUGCUAUAGUCAAAAGUUUUUUCCUCUCCUUUUGGCCUCUGUACAUUAAAACUAUAGUGAAUGCUUUACCAUGUAAAGUAUGGACAGUCAUUUUUUUUUAUGUUUAAGCCACAUGAAGUUGGCUGGCAAACAGCUUAUUCUGAUAAUAAAGGAAUGACAAAUCUCAUAUGCGUCUUGAAAGACUGAAAGAUUGUGUCUUGGAACAACAGCUGUCAUAUUUAUGAUGUGUAAGUAGCAUAGAGUAAAGAUUGUAUACUUGUUAUCUUUGGUACUAUCACUAAUAAAAUUAAGUAUUUUAGAGGGAA